GGGCGAAGGCGAAGGCGAAGCGAAGGGCGACGAUGCUUCGAAUCUCGGGCUUUUCUGAGCGCCUCUCCUCGGCUCACUGAACGCGGCGGCGACCCGAUGAAAGGCCAAGGAAGAUGAACGCGACGAGCCUCUACGUGACCACUUGCCGGCUGGUCAUGCAAGCGGAGCCAGAGAACCGCGAGAGCUGGACGGAGCUGUACAAGUUGCUGCCUUACCUGCGCCAGGCCCUGUCGUGCACCGUCUGCGGCCAGCUGCUGAGCGAGCCCCUGACCCCCACGGAAACCACCUGCCAACACCAUGUGUGCAGGAAGUGCCUCGGGGGCAAGAAGAGGCUCAAGCCCACCUGCAGCUGGUGUAAGGACUAUGGCAUGUACGUUGACAAUGUCCAGAUCAAGCUCGUCCUGCAGUGUUACAGGAAGCUGUGUGAGUACAUCAAGUUCACACCCAUCUACUGCAAGCUGUGCUCCAUAUAUAACAAUGGUGGGCAGUUCAGCCUGACGGACAUGAUAGACGAGGCCAUAGGGAACAGUGGCACAGGCAGAGGCGAUGAAUCCAGUUCCAAUAGUGUGCAGUGUGAGAGUGAGAGUGAUAGCAAAGAAAAUAUCUCUAUACCUCAAACAAGUGGGGCAAAUCUGCUCAUCACACCUGUAAAUACCUCCCAUAGUGUUACUCCUAAACAGCAGCAGUCAUGGCCAAUUUCCACGCAGGCGCCCACCCUGGCACAGCCUACUCCGGCACAGCCUACUCCGGCACAGCCUACCCCAACACAGCCUACCCCAGUACAGCCUACUCCGGCACAGCCAGCCCCACCCGCCCCCCCAGCCCCACCUGCCCCACCUCCUCCACCCUCAACGGUCAACCUUGGGUUGGUCCAUGUUUCUUCUCCUCCACCUGUCAACUCCAUAGCACAGCCAGUUUCCUGUCAUCCAUCUGGCUCUGUCAACACUGUCAAGUCCGUAAUUCCCACCCCAGCACCUGUGAUGCAACAAACCACGCAGCAUUUUCAACCGCAGGCCGUUGCAACGACAUCCUGUGUGACGUCCGGAUCAGGUUUGGUACCAGGUACAAUAUUCCCAAGUACAAAUAUUGUUAAGCACAGUGUUAUUAAGGAAGCACCUUACCCAAAACACAAUUCCUCAGUGAACAAUGGGUCCUCCAUGUACUCAGUAAUGUAUGCCGAUGGUGAUAGUACAAAAAUAACCAUCAAGAGGAAGCCUCCAGAUAUGGAGAGUACGAAUAAAAGUGUUCCCGUCGAGCCAGAAACUAUAGCGCCUUCGACGCAAGAACUCAUUAAAAAACCUAAACCUAAGCCUAAACCAAAACCAAAGCGGAAGGGAUGUCGUUGUGGUAAUGCAACACCUACACCUGGGAAGUUGACGUGUUGUGGGCAGAGAUGCCCAUGCUAUGUGGAGGCCAAAGCCUGUAUUGAGUGUCGGUGUCGUGGAUGUCGCAACCCACACCGGCCAGGUGGGAAGAAGGUGCGGCCGGUCAUACCUCAGCUUGCCAACAUCCAGAUUCACCAGGUGCAGCCUGUGCAUGGGCGCAGUUCGGCCUCUUCAAUAGUGUCGGGGACAACCACCACUAGCGCCAGCAGCAUUAUGCAGACACCUAUUUCCUCAGCCACCAUAACAAACACAACGCUACCACAAACGAUAAGAGCAGUGCAGGCAAUGCAAGCUGUACAGGCAGUGCAUGGUGUGGGUACAAUGCAGGCAGUGACUGGUGGUGUACAUCAACUGAUAAGUUUAGGAAGGGGGGUUGUACAGGCACCAUUACCGCAGGGGCUAGGAGUGCAUCCUGUGGCGGGCCUUGCAGUGAAACCCGUAAGUUUGGCCCUUACCUCUGUUCCCACACAGCUCCUGAUUAAUGAUGACAGAUCCACAUCCAAUAGUGCUUCGGACACAAGUGAUGUUGAGGUGGACAUAUAGCACAGGUACAACAAAUUGUGAAUGUUUUUUUGUGUUUUUUUUUUUUUUUUUGUGAGUAUAUGGAAAAGAGAAAGAACUAUUUUUAAAAGUAUUUUGAAAUGUUUGUUCAGAAUGCAACAAAAGCAAAAUAAAGAAGGAAAAAAAAGUGCAGAAAACUAAGAAAUUCUGGAUGUGAAAGUGUGUUUGAAGCCAAAAAAGGGAAAUGAGUGAUCAAAAGAAAAUUUUCAAUGCCAGAUGUCAUUUUUUUUUUCUCUUUUUUUCCAAGUGAACAUCUCUUACCUCUUAUCAGUAUUUUGUUCAACAUUCCUUACUUUGAGGCAGUCUGCUGUUUUAUUGUAUCUCAACAAGUAUGUUUAAGCCUGUUGUAGCCUAGAUAUAUGUAUCAGGUUGAUUUUAUUCAAUAAUUUCCAAUGACUUGGUAAUAUAAUUGUUGUCUUAGAUGAAUUAAAUUUUUAAAAAUUGUACUCAACCUAAGUUAUGCUAAAUCUGUACCCGGUGAGACACAGAAUGGAUUUGUCAUUUGAGUACCUUAAAUUAUUAAAAUACAUUUUGUGACAAUUUUUAUAAUAUAUUCAUUAUAUUUCAUUUUUAA